AUGAUCGCAGGUCUUCUUUAUCACCCAGAUGUGGGUCUCGUCCUCUUCGACACUGGCUUCCGCGAAGACGUUAUCAACUCAUGGGAGGGUGAAUACUUGGAAUGUGCACCACGUAUAUGGGUCAAAGACAUCCACUCUCUGCCUGUGGCUAUCAAGGCCACCGGUGCAGGAGAGAUUGGUGAUGUCAAAGCUGUCGUUUUGAGCCACCUCCAUCUGGAUCACGCUGGAGGAUUGGAGCACUUCUUCGGUACCGAUGUGGAAAUCUGGUGCCAUGAAGACGAGCUCAAAGGCGCAUUCUGGGCAUCGGCCACUGGCAAUGACAGUAAUCUGUUUCUACCCGACUAUUUAAGAGCAGACCUCUUGAAUUGGAAGACUGUCUCGGAGGAAAAGGUGGAGCUUUGGAAAGGGUUAACCCUGCAUAGGUGUCGUGGGCAUACCGAAGGGUCAUUGGUUGUGGAGCUCACAUUCUCGGCUUCGGGUACUGUCAUCCUCACCGGUGAUUUGUUCCACGUCAAAGAGAACUACGAGGAUGGACAACCACAAGGGUUCCUCAUGAGAAACUACAAUGAGUGGCUGCGAAGUCGUGACUACAUCAGAAGGCUGGUAAAACGGACCAACGCGAGAGUGUGCCUAGGGCAUGAAAGAAGCUAUUUCGAUAUGUUUGAGAAGAGUCCUCAGUUUAUAUCCUAA